UCCUUACCCCCACAUACAGGCGUACCCACAGUGACACCUAAGCACGCGCGCAAAAUGCCCAGCCAUCAUCCCAGCAUUGGUCGCAGCCUGUACACGCCAGUAUUACUGCUCGCUACUUCCGCCGUCUUUUUGGCGCUUACAGCCUAUGCUGAAGGCAAACCAAACGGAGUUGACAUUCCGCAACAACAACAAUCAAAUACACUACUCUCCGAAAUGGAUAGUGAGGAUGCGCGAGACAAUUACAUCGGCAGUGAUACACCGAACUAUGAUAAGCGUAUGGAGCGUUAUGCAUUCGGUCUAGGACGGCGCGCAUAUACAUACACCAACGGCGGCAAUGGGAUGAAACGUUUGCCAGUCUACAAUUUCGGACUAGGCAAGCGCGCCAGACCCUACUCUUUUGGCUUGGGCAAACGUGGUGAAUACGAUGAGGAUCAGUAUAUGGAUGAUCUUAUCAAUGACAAUGUUUACGAUGCGGCAUUUGUUGGUGAAAAACGCAACCGGCCCUAUAGUUUUGGUCUGGGAAAACGCUCACUUCAAGACCCGCCCCCGCACAGAUAUGGUUUCGGACUCGGACGACGUUAAGUUUUGAACACUCUCACACACCCACUAAAAAAAUCAAAUUCAGCCGGACACAUACGAACUGCUCGCUGUUGUUUGGUGCUGCGAAGAGGAAAUGCUAUUUAAGACUAACUAUUUGGCAUUAAAAGACAAAAGAAGAGAGGGAAUUUUAAGAGCAGUCAAGCGGAAGCGUACAUACAUACACAUAUGUCUAUUAAUUAAUGAAAUUAACUUCUAGUCAAUAUUGCUAGUUUGUUUAUUUUGGAAAGGUAUAUUAGUAGGUGCAGGGCAAAUCUUCCAUAGCAGCUUUUAAUAAAUAAAAAUUGUGCUUUUCGGCGCGCUAUAUUUUUAAAAAUAUGUGAAUGUUAGACAAAACUGAGCUGAAUCUUAUGUUGGGGAGCAUACACAUACACACACACGAAAACCUCUUGCCAAUUACGAUGAUUUACAUAGUUUUAGAAGUAUUAAUUUAUUUUCGAUUUGUGAAAUUCGAAUAAGUAUUUUACAAUUACAUAAAUUCAUCUAAAAAGUAUUAAACAAAUAUAUAUAUGCAUGUAUAAAUAUAUGUAUAUGUAGCGUAUCUAUAAAAAUAAUAUAUAUAUGUAUGUAUAGUAAAAGGAUGCGCGUAUUAUUAGUGGACAUUGAAUUGUUGUUGCUGCAGAUGUACGAGAAUAAUGUUAGCUUAUACUUAUGUAUGUAUUGUAUUAAAAAGUUUAAUUUAAACAUAUAAAGCAAAAGAAAGAAAGCAAAGCAAAACAUUAAUUUAAAAUAAAUAAAAACAUAAAAGUUUUAAAUGGAAUAAGGAAUAAAA